AUGGCUGAUCAACAAGUCGACUAUGGAAAAGCCCUCGAUUACUGGCAGUCUACGCCAGCGACCGUGGAUGGUGUUCUCGGCGGCUUCGGUAACACGGUUGUGCCCAAGGUGGAUAUUGUAGGCUCGCAGGCGUUUCUGCGGCGCUUGAGCACACUGAGCCCAAACACAUUUCCGAACUUGACUGAUCAGGUUGGCCUGGACGUCGGCGCAGGAAUCGGUCGGAUCACCCGAAACCUCCUGGUGAAGUACUGUUCACGAGUCGACUUGCUCGAGCCGGCCGCACAGUUUGUUGCCCAAGCCAGACUGGAACUGGCAGACCUCCCUCAGGUAACCGAGUUCUAUGAAAAGGGCAUGCAAGACUUUGUCUUUGAGCAAAAGUACGCGAUUGUGUGGUGCCAGUGGUGUUUGGGCCAGCUGCCCGACGAGGUGCUUGUCGAGUUCCUGCGUAAAUGUGCCGACAACUUGGUCCCGGGCGGUAUCAUCGUGGCCAAGGAGAACAACUCAACCACCGAGGACCUCUACGACGACACGGACUCCGCAGUCACUCGCACAGACGCUAGCUUCCGCGCUAUUUUCGAAAAGGCUGGGUUACGUUUACUACUGACUAGUAUACAAAAGGGUAUGCCCCGCGAGCUGUUCCCUGUACGAAUGUAUGCCUUGGCGCCGGCGCUCAAGGAUAGACAGAUCUAG